AUGACGCAAAGUCUUGACGUGGGUGUCUUUGGUUCUUGUAAGAACCAACUAAGACGGUACUGUGAGAAUGUGACUCAAGUAGUCAAAGAUGAAGAUGAUGUUGAAAAUAUAAGCACGGAAAAUGUAUUUGAGGAACAAUUUAAUAUGGAGGAAGUGGUGGAGGAGGAAGAAUUAGAUGAAGUGGAAGGAGAAACAAUUACAAAGAAGGUAAGAGAGAAAAGAGGAAUUUGUCUUGUGAAUAGACUCAUCUCAAUGUUGUCUGCAUUUCAGGCGGCAACAACGAUACAAAACGUUGUCUCUGCUUUUCGGCAAUGUGGUAUCACUUACAAGACAGACAUAAACCGUCCAUCAAAAAAAGAGACAAUCAUUGUCCCACAAAAGGCGAGAAUUGUGUGUCAGACAUAUCCAGGAAUUUUUCGGUCUCCGGUUGCAGAAGAGGAUGUAAACAGAUGUGUUUUGAUUCCAAUGGUGGAGCACGUAUCUCAUCCUGUGUUCGGACCAGAACGUAAUCCAAUUAGAAGCGAAGAUGCGAGAUUCAGUGAAAUGAGGCAAGUUCAACAACGUCCACCAGAACGGAGACGACAAAAAGAGAGAAAAACCAGUUGUUUGUAA